AUGGGGCAGACCACUUUCCUCCAAGCAGCGGCGAUGGCCACCUUGUCACUAAGAGUUGUUGCUUCGGCCAUCUUAAAUACAACCGCAGUACCUUUGGCUAACCGCUGUUCGUCAUAUCCGAGAUACGAUAUCUUGACGAACGUGGCAGGGCCCUGGCUUGUCAUCGCCGACUCAUCUGGACAUACAGUCGACGGAACCAAAGCCAGUGUGGCAAUGUUUAGAGACACUAUCGAUCUUCAUCCAUACGGCUUCAUCACCAUCCCCGGCGGCAACAGCACGUUUCCCAGCACUAACAUCACGCUGCCUGGAGACAUAUCCAUGCGCUGCGCACACAACAUCCUACAAGCGCAAGUGAAUUUGGAGCCUGAUCGUGGCGUCAAAUGGCAAGACCUGUUAAUUGCUGGGAACCCGAAUUGGCAAGAAUCCAUUGGCUUCGCGUUCCCCGGCGCCUCAUAUCCUGGCAUAGCCAUCGAACCAUAUGAGCACUAUGUCGACGAUGUGAAACAGCCGGGGGUGUUUCUUGGGGGGCAGAAUUCUACGACUUGGCAAUUCAAGUACAAUUGGGCGGGCGUCAUGGGUGACUACUAUCUCUUGAGACUGUUGGGUCCGAACCAUGAUCAUUAUCCACCGGCCGAGGAGGACUUCACGGGGUUUUUGAAGAUUGUUACUUGA